AUGGAUGUAGCGACAACAUUUUUAUCAACUCGAUCUGUUCUAAUCGCUAUAGCGUUAACAUUCCUUGGCUACUACAUCUGGCGUUGGAUUUCGAGCAAAUCACCAAAGAAUCUUCCACCGGGUCCACGGGAAUGGGGCACCAACUGGAAGUUCCUCAAGGCAUCUUGGUAUGGUACUUUACCAGAACUUGCAGCAGAGUGGGCCAGGAAAUAUGGGCCUUUGACUUUCGUUUACAGUAUGGGUCAACCAAUUCUGUUUUUAAACACUCCUGAGGUUUCUAGAAAGCUGCUGGCAUCUGACGAGUACAAACUUCGAGUGGCCGAUAGAGAACCAAAUGCAGCAUUUAAAAUAGUUGAUCUCCACAACAGAGAUUUGCUAUUUUCUAAAUUUGACACCGCCAUGAAAAAGAAGCGACGGCUGUUCUUCAAUCGUGAUCGGCCUCUACGGUGA